UGUUCACCUUGUUUGGUUUUUCCAGCGGGGCCUGCCAUGGUCCAAGAGUCUGAGCGACUUUCUUUGCGGACAAAGCUGCUGCUUGCACUCGGGCAGGGCGUGGAAGGCAUUUGGAUCACAGUUGGCGGAUAUUAUGUGAACAAGUUCUUCCUGGAGACUUGCUGUUUGGAGCCAGCGCUCGUGGGACUCAUUCAGCUUGGCGUGGGUCUGUUCGAUGCCUUCAACGACACGCUGAUCGGUGCGCUCUCUGACAGGACCAACACCAGAUGGGGCCGGCGGCGGCCUUGGCUGCUCUUUGGGGGGCCCUUCUUGGCAGCCUCCUAUGUUGCAGUGUGGAAUGCGCUUCCGCUGCAAACGCCGCAGGAGCUGAAGAUGUUAUACUAUACCUUCGCCUACAUGGCGGUCUCCAUUGGCCUGACCUCCGUGCGGGUGCAAAUCAGUGCCCUCCUUCCAGAGCUGACCAAUGACUACAACGAGCGCACGGUGGCCUCCGGCUUCAACGUGGUGGGGGCCAACGUGUUGGGCCUCACCUUCGCCGUGCUGCACUCCGCCAUUGUGGGCACUGAGAACAAGCCCAGUUCCUUUCUGCAGAGCGCGGCGAUUUGCGCCUCGGCGAUCCUCCUCUUCACGUGGACCGUGUUUUGCGGCAUCAAGGAGCGCUACGUGGCGCCUGACGAGCCGCUGCCUUCCAAAGGCAUCCUCACAGAGAUCGCCUGGGCUAUGAGAAACAAAUCGUUUUGCUACGUCACCUUGAUGUACCUGGCUGGGCCCACAGCUGUGACGUUGACGCAGACAAACAUCGCGCUGUUCUGCAAAUACGUGCUGCGGGAUGAGAGCAUUCUGAUGCUGCUGGUUCCAGUGGUCCAAGGAACUGGGCUCUUCAUGAUCCCCGUGUGGGUAUUCAUUGCCAACAAGACCAGCAAGAAGCACAUCUACCUCCUGGGGGGGAGCAUGCUGGCCGCCUCGAUGGUGUCUCUCAACUUUGUGGAGUCACUGGAAGCUAGCCUUGUCAUAGGUGUGGCGGUCGGCAUGUCUCUGGCGGUUCCAUACCUGGUCCCCAUCAGCAUGCUUCCAGAUGUGGUGGAGGAAGACGAGGAGCUCACUGGGCGUCGGCGUGAAGGUGUGCUCUCCGGGCUAUUCACCACAGCCCUGAAGCUGUCCGUCACCGCCGGAAGCGUACUAACCAAUCUGAUCUUGGAGCAGGCGGGCUACGUGUCCCCGAGCUCCAGCUGCACAGCCAGCGGGAAGGUGGUGAGUACCGUGGAGCCGGACGUGCAGCCCCCGGCAGUGCUGCAGGUUAUGCGGUGGCUGGUGGGUCCCAUCCCGGCUAUGUUCAUUUUGCUCGCCAUGUUUGCGGCCUGGCGCUUUCCCAUCACGCCGGAGGUGCAUGCAGCGAGGAUGGCAAGACGAGCGGCGUCAACUGCUCAGAUCGCGAAGGAGAAGAUGGAUAACGUUAAGAGCGAGCCGCAGGAGCACGGCUCGGCGCACAACGAGGCGCACGAGGCACACGACGAGCCAUGCACCAAAGUGGUCCUGUGAUCCGCCAGGCGGCACGGAUGGCCGGAUGGAUGUUCACCUGAGCCACAAUCAAGACCUGGGUACGGGAGAGUUUGUGGCUAUACAUAGAUGUGGCCCCCCUUUGAUUCUUUGCCUUGUGUUAAUGAGCUUGAAAUACCUGCUAUUGAUGUCUCAUUUAGCUUGAGUCGUGGAACACUAUGAGACUGCGCAGGAGGUGCUUGAACUUUUAUGCUGCACCGGUCUGAGGCUAUAUUUAAUAAUUUGCAAGGGGCACGCCUGCGAAUGUGUUCUUGACUUCC